AUGAUGACGCUCUCUGAUACUCCUUUACCUGUGGUGGACAUUGCUCCUUACCUCGGUUCGACAUCCACGCGUGCAGAACGCGAGGCUACCUCCCAUGCCGUCCAUUGCGCCUGUCGAGACUUCGGCUUCUUUUAUCUGGUGGGACAUGGAAUCCCUGAGGAGAUGCGACGGGAGAUGUUGCGCUUAGGUCAUGAAUUCUUCGCUUUACCGCAAGCCGAAAAGGAUGAACUCUCCAUCUUUCAGAGCAUGGACAAGAUCCGUGGAUACGCUCGACUAGGCGAGAAUGUUACUUCUGGGAAAAGAGACCUCCUGGAGGGAUUCGACAUAUAUCGAGAGUACCCGAACCCGUCGAAGGAGAUGUUGCGUGGUGCUCAGCCCUGGCCUUCACGACUACCGAGCCUGAAGUCCACGGUGUUGGACUAUGUGAACCGGUUAGUGAAGGUGGGCCAAGCGUUGAUGCGAGCCAUGGGUGACGCUUUGGGUGUACAAGGAGGUGCGAAGGCCUUCGAAGAGAUGAUCGGGGACCCGUUUUGGGGAUUGAAGUUCGUCAACUACCCGCCGCUUCCUCCUUCCGACACCGAUGGGAGUGACAAUGGAAUAUCUUUAGGAGAACACACGGACUAUGGUGGUCUGACAUUUCUCCUCGCCGACGAUCAUAUCAAGUCGGCCCUCGAGGUGGAAGGGAAAGAUGGUGGAUGGAUAAAGGCCGAUCCCAUUCCCGGAGCUUAUGUCGUGAAUAUCGGUGACAUGGUCAGUGUUCUCACGAACAACCGAUAUGCUGCUACGGUUCAUCGAGUUAUCCAUCGGGGUAGUGAACCCCGGGUGUCGAUUCCGUUCUUUUUUGAACCGUCACUGUCAAGCAAGGUGAAGCCUCUCGAGGCAUGUCUCGGUGGCACAGAAAAGAUGCCACAAUCUGAAGUCAGCUAUUACGAGCACAUGUGCCAUAUGCUGUAA